CGCUAGACAAGAUGAGACCCAAUAAACAUCACAACAAAUUGCGUGUUAACAGGAUAUAAUUAGAUGGUGAGAUUUUGAAGGAGGAGAUUCAUCAUAAUCCAAAUCCAAUGACAUUGUUCACUCUCUGUUUACCAGUGAGUACUUGCUUCUGAUAUCAACGUGAUACUACUCUCGAGCUUCCUCGUGAUACUAUUUUCAAUUGAUAUAUAAAAUAAUUUCGUAGAAUGUGAAAGUAUCCGAGUUUUCAUUGUUCUAAUAAUUGGAGUGAAUUUGGGCGUCAACAAUUAACAAUUAAACAGAUUAAGAAAGAGGGAUAAAAAAUGAGUGGUAGUUAUGAAGAAUGCCAAUCAAAAUGGCACUGCGAAUAUUGUACCUAUGAGAAUUGGCCAUCCUCCUUGAAGUGCACAAUGUGCAGAGGUACAAAGCCCCUGCUCGGUGAAGAUAUAUACAGAUUACGGGAUUCAAGUCCCCAAAGAUCAAAUGUUGCAUCGGGCCCGGUAUCUUACAGUCCAACAUCAACUGAGAGGUGUAAUCUCACACUCAGUCCCCAAAAUUACAGUAAAAAUUUACCAUCAGGUGGUAAAUGGUCAUGCGAGGCAUGCACAUAUUUGAAUUAUCAAAAUGCAACACGUUGUGUCCAAUGUAGUACAUCUAAGCCAGCUCACCAUCACCAUCACCAUCAUCAGCACGCUCAAUCGAUUAUAAAUUCAGCAUCGAAUUUACAUGAACAUUUAGCGCCAUUAAGAUUGGGCGAUCCACCACCUAAUACACCAUCAAUAGGAAAUAAUUUAGCAGUUGGUCAGAUGGAAAAAUGGUCAUGUCACGUAUGUACUUAUGAAAAUUGGCCAAAAGCAACGAAAUGUAUUAUGUGUGCUCAUCACAAGGAUAAAGAUAAAGAUAAAGAGAAGGAAAAAGAUAAGGAGAAGGAGAAGGAAAAGGAGAGGGAGAAUCGUGAUAGGCGUGAAAAUUCAACAAAUUCAGGAAUAAUUUUGCCAAGUCCUGAGAGAGAUCACAAUCAGAGAGGCUUACCUUCACCACCGCAAUCAUAUAUUCAUCACCAGGCACAGCGCGAUCAUGAAAAUCUUGCUGGAGCGCGAAGGAGUGUUCAGAGAUAUGAUGGAAGGAAUGAGAGCUGUUUGGCAGGAGAACUUCAGGGGCCCAAUGAUAUUGACUACGAGGGUAGAUUCAAUAGACAAUUCAACCGCCACAAAGACUGGUGCUGGUUAAAUGCCUGCUUAGGUAUUGUCGAGGGUCAAAAUGUACCAGUGGAGGCUUAUUUAGCAAGUGGAGGUGAUCCAGCACGUCAAUUAACGCAUGCAGAAGUUUUACUACUCAACAGAAGCAGCGCCUUCGACGUAGGACAUACUCUCGUUCACUUGGCCAUUAGAUUUCAACGGGAAGAUAUUCUAGCAACUUUAUUAUCACAAAUUGAAGGCUCAGGAUCAGGAAUAAAGAGAGUACCGAGUUAUGUAGCCCCAGAUUUGGCAGCUCAAAUUCGUCGACAUGUGACAAAUAGCAUUCGAUUACGCAAGGGAUCACUUCCAUGUUACUUUGUUACCGAUGUUGCCACUUUCGCCCUUCCGGCUGAGGUUGAAGAUUUGCCCAGUAAUGUUCAAGAGCAAAUGCUUGAGGAAUUAUUGGAUCGCGAGGCACAACAGCAGUUAGAGGGUGGUGGAGGUGAACCACCAGCAUUAAAUUGGUCAUUGGAAAUAACAGAGAGGCUUGGAAGUCGGUUACACGCACUGUGGAAUAGAUCUGCGGGUGAUUGUCUUUUGGAUUCAGCAAUGCAGGCAACAUGGGGUGUUUUCGAUAGGGAUAAUGCACUGAGACGUGCUCUUGCUGAUUCGCUUCAACAAGCUGGACAUUUAUUUUAUCCACGUUGGAGAGAGUACGAGGCAUCACAGGCAUCUAGAAUGUUAGAUUUUACUCUUGAAGAGGCCCAGUGGCAGGAUGAUUGGGAGAGUCUAUUGGCCACAGCUGCUCAGCCAGGCAGUGCUUUAGAACAAUUGCAUAUAUUUACACUUUCUCACAUACUGAGAAGGCCUAUUAUCGUAUAUGGUGUUAAAUAUGUCAAGAGCUUCCGUGGGGAAGACAUUGGAUAUGCCAGAUUCGAGGGUGUCUAUUUGCCAUUGCUCUGGGAGCCCUCAUUCUGUAUUCGUUCGCCAAUAGCACUUGGUUAUACGCGAGGCCAUUUCACAGCUCUUGUACCUAUUGAACCAUAUGCCUCAUCCAGAUUAUCACACACCGAUGUUGGAGUUGGUGGUGGCAAUAGUCCAAUGCAACAAUUACAAAUACAAAUGCAAACGACAUUUAUGCCCCUUAUGGAUAGAGAAUGUAAAUUAUUGCCAAUACAUUUUUUAACUACCGAAGAAAUUGGUAGAGAGGAUACCAUAUUGAAACAAUGGCUCGACGUUUGCACUACUGAGGGUGGUAUACUCGUGGCACAGCAGAAAUUGCAUAAAAGACCGCUCCUCGUAGCCCAGAUGCUCGAAGAGUGGCUCAAUCAUUAUCGAAGAUUAGCCCAGAAUAAUGAUGCCCCGUAUGUUCGGCCACCCGUUCUUCAGGAUUACAGUAGUGAUGGUGAUACUGAAGAUGAAUAACCUUCAGCUUGUGCUAUUCAUUACAUUUAAAAUAAUAAUUCAAAUUGAAAAAAAAAAAACUAAGUAUUCCGGGAGGAUGAGCGUGAUCAUCAUUUUAACAACUCUCUUAUCUUAUCAAUUCAUUAUUUUUUCAUACCUACCACUAGAUUAUAUUGUGUACAUCAAGUAGAAUUUGUGGCGAGUUCUCCCAAUGUCGACUGAGAGGAUUGCGAGAAAAACCAAUCAAUCAUAAAACUUACCUCUCCUUUAGCAUUUCACCAUUUUUUUAACUCGUCUAAUAUAUCACCACAAGAUAUUAUCAUUGGACAUUGAUGUAAUAUCUAAAUCGAACCCCUAUUCGUUGACAAUAUUAAUUCAGUCACAUCAAUUAAGAGGUUUUAUUAUUUAUUAACUUAUUCGAUACAAUAUAUAAAAGAGUUUCCGAUUUUUUUUCUCAUUAUAAUCUACUUGAAACCUUUUCCUUUAUUAUUCGAAAUUCAUUUUUUAUUUUAUCAUAGUAAUGGCGAUUGGGAAAUUCAGCCUUACGUCUAUGAUAAGUUUCAGCGCCGAGUAAAUAAAUGGAAUAUCGCGAAAAACAAGGGGAUACAUUGAAUUAGCGUAAAUUAAAGCGUUAUACGCCGUCGGCAAUUGUGUCCAGGAUUUUACAUUUUUUGAAAGAAGUAAAUCUUCAAAGAGAGAAAUUUGAAUUGUCAAUUAUUCACAAUUCAUUGCAGUAAUUUCUCAUGUAGUAUUAAUAAGUUCUGUUUAUUGAUACUGAACUCAGGAUCACUAUUAAACAAAAAUAAAACGAGUACUGUAGAUUUUUUAUGCAGCCUCUCUCUGUCGCAAAAAUAACUGCAAUGUAAUAAAACAAAUUUUUUAAAGUAUAAAAGAAUUUAUGGAGAGAGUCUAAGCUUGUUAAAUAGAUUUAAAGUGGAUACAACGAUCCUAUCAUUUAAUGAUAAAUUCUAAUGAAGAAAAUUAAAACUAAUGCUACGUUAGAAUGGCUUUUCACAUAGAAUGCCAAUUAUGAUGCGAACAAAAUAAUCAAUGAAUGAUGAUCAUUCAAAUGUCAUUGGAGACGAGUGGGUAAAGUAAUUGAACCGAUAGAUUGAAAAAAAAAUAUAUUAACGAUUCAAGGAGCUGUCAAGUGAUAGAGCUUUUCCAAGUACUCAUUUGGUAAAAGCUCAUUUUAUUUAGCUAUAGAUUUGAUUAACUAUGCUAUGAGAAAAAAAAAGUCCAUUUUUCUUGUACAACCUGGUAACCAACUUUUAAAAGUUGGUAAUAGUCGAAAAAAAUACACACACACACCCACAAUUGAAUCCUAAUCUUAAAAGUACAAACAUUAAGAAACACGAAACGAAGAUCAAGUGGAGUUGAGAGAAAAGUCCGAGGCUAAAAAUAAUGUUUUUGAUGGAGAAAAGUCUGCUUCAAAUAUUUGCUUUUCGUUCCUGAAUGAAAAAAAAAAAAGUUUCUUUUUUUUAUAUAUAAAAAAAAAUCUAGCUUCUAGUCCCUUAGCACUGCUGUACUUUUUCAAAAAUAUAACUAAUAAUCUAGCAUUAUAAUUGAAAAGGAACAAUAUGGACAAGCACUAAAUACAAAGAAAUAAUCAUAUGUUGUAAUGACGAUGACAAAAAAAUCUGAGUAUGACCUGAAAUGCGGCUGAUUAGAAUGAGAAAAAUAUUCCAGUUUUACAAAAUGCUGAUUAUUAUGAAGGAAAAAGUCCUCUUAUCCGGGAUCCUUCAUUCAAUUAUUUAAAUUUCUUGAGCUAUACUCAAUCGUACCUAGCUGUUAACUCUUUUUAAUGAGUGAUGAAUCUCGAUAAAAUUCGUUGACAUGACGAUGUCUCCUCCUUCCUGCCCCUCGCCCCUCUUUUCCUCAUUCACCAUCUGCAUUAGGGUAAAAAACAAGAAUGAUGAUAUAAAUAAGGGAGUACCAAAACGAAAAAGAAAUUAAAGAUUGCAUGGUGAAACUUUAGGAGUUCUGUUUUUGAAGAAUAAAGGAGAAUAAUUACA